GCCGCGCGCGCACGCACGCGGGCUGGGCGAGCCGCGUUCGUCGCGGCGCCACGCGUGCCAAGUGCUGGUUCUGGUGCUCGGUGACGGGCUGGUGGUGCGCCGCGGCCGCUGACGAGCACGUGCCGCGCCACGAUGGUGUCGCUCGACCAGGGCGCCAAGGUGGACAAGACGGCCGGCGAGCAGGCGACCGAGUCGCUGGUGAGAAGCGAGGCGAAGGCGGCGGCGGCGGCGGAAGGCGGUGAGACGGGCGAGGGCCCGGUCGAGCAGCCGGCCGACUUCGACGACUUCGUGAUGCCGGUGGCGGGCAAGUCGCGGCUGGUGCGCGGCCGCGCCUGGAAGAGCACCGCCUCCGCCGAGUACGUGCGCUACAAGUGCUUCGACGACGGCCUGGAGUACCUGCCGGGAGACGCCGUGUACAUUGAGAGCCAGCAGAAGGACCAACCAUACUUUAUCUGCACGAUCCAGGACUUCAGGCGGAGCAAGCGGGACACGCUGAUGGUGAACAUCAAGUGGUUCUACCGGGUGUGCGAGCUGCCGGAGAACGUGUACCAGCUGCUGGUGCAAGACCGCACUACGGAGCACGACAAGGGCCUGGCUGUGCAGGACCCGGCCGUAAAGGACCGCGAGCUCUUCAUAUCCGACGCCACGGACACGUUCCCCGUCGCCGUGCUCAGGGGUCCAUGCAAGGUGAUCCACUACAGCGAUGUGCGCAAGGUGCGCGAGUACGCGCCGGCCACCGACACCUUCUUCUAUGUGCUGACCUACAACCCGGAGACGCGCCGCCUGGCGUCGACGCAAGGCGAGAUCCGCGUGGGACCGUCCCACCAGGCGAAGCUGCCCGAGUACCGGGGCGGCCCGCACGCCGACAUCGCGCCGCGGCCGACGGGCGCCGAGGAGGAGCGGCUGUGGGUGCCGGGCCGCGCCGCCGACUCGGACCUGCUCAUGUUCCUGCGCGCCGCCCGCUCAAUGGCCGCCUUCGCCGGCAUGUGCGACGGCGGCAGCACGGACGAGGGCUGCGCCGCCGCCAGCCGCGACGACACCACGCAGAACGCCAUGGACGUGCUGCACCAGGCCGGUUACGACCAGGGUCAGGCGCUGCAGGCGCUUGUCAGGAGCCCCGUACCGGCCGGCGUCCACCAACUUUGGGCCGACGACGAGAAGAAGAAGUUUGUGAAGGGACUUCGUCAAUAUGGAAAGAAUUUCUUCCGGAUCAAGAAGGAACUGGUCCCUCACAAGGAAACGAGCGAGCUGGUGCAGUUCUACUAUCUCUGGAAGAAGACGGCCGGCGCUCAGGGCAACCGACCGCGGAACAUCGCCAGACACCGACGCAGCAACGGCAUCCGCCGUAUCCGCAGCCGCAAGACCGGCAGCAAAGCUCAGCGCGAGGACCCCGCCGCGGUCGGCUGCGACCUAAGCUCCACCAGCGAGGCGGAUAACGACGACUCGGACGACUCCGACUCCAACACGCGUGACAUGUCCGGCUACCACUGUCGCCACUGCUUCACCGUCUCGUCUAAGGGCUGGCACCACGCGGGCAAGGAGCACGUGCUUCUGUGCACAGAGUGUCGGGUGCACUUUAAGAAGUACGGUGACUUGCCUCCGCUCAGAGAGCCGCGCCAGGCGCCGCUGCAGCUGCCUGCCGUCAAGGAGGAGGGACGCAUGCGCACCAGGACACGUGCUAAAGAGCUGUCACGGGGUCGGCGUUCGCGGCGCGACAGUCGCACGACGCUGCGCACGCAGCCGCCCAUGCCGCCUAUGCCGGGCAUGCCGCCCAUGCCGGGCAUGCCGCUGUACGCCGGCCCGCCGCGCAUGCCCGCCGCGCCGCACCACCUGUACGGCUACCCGUACCCGUACCCGUACCCGUAUGCGCAGCCACGGUACCCGCCGCGUCCUUCUCUGGGCGGCGCCGGUGCACCGGACGAGACGCUCGACCUGCGCAAAAUGGAGGACUCGGAGUGCCACCGCAGUCAGAGCGCCAUCUUCCUGCGCCACUGGAACAGAGGCGAAGCCAGCAGCUGCGCGCGCACCGACCUGACGUUCAAGCCGGUGCCGGACAGCAAGCUGCUGCGGUGCCGGCAGGAGCGCCAGCGUCGCCAGACGGAGAAGCAGGAGCGCGAGGAGCGGGACCGCCAACACGAGUACAGCGCGAGCAGGACGGCCAGCUCUCCCGCUGGUGGCGUCUUCUCCUCCGGCAGCUUCCCACUGCCGCCUCACAUGGAGCCGGCGUACGCCAUGGCCCCCGGACUGCACCCGGGCGCCAUGUACCCCAGGGAUAGGAUGGAGCUGGAGAUGCUGGAGCGGCGAGACCGCGAGAUCCGAGAGCUCCGCGAGCGUGACCUGAACGAGCGGCUCAAGGAGGAGAUGUUACGAGCGCGACCGUUCGACCCGCACUGGCUCGAGAUGCAGAGGUGGGUGGUCGCUGUGCGAUGA